GUGAAGGGGAUCUUUCCACUUUGUCUUCUUUGAUGGCUCUUUAAGGGAAAAAAAAAAAAAAGAACGAAAUGAAAAAAAAAUUCUAAGAAAAAAAAAAUUCUCCAGACCACUCAUCUCCUGCAGGGAAGACUUCUCCUAUCAUUCUUCUAUUGUGUGAUUUUAUUUUUUCUUCUUUUCCUUUUUUAUAUACCGGUACAUUGAGAAAUUUUCAGAAUUUUUUGGAAUUUUUUAAAAAAAUUUUUAAUUAUUUUUGCAUUCGGUUCGGACUAUGAUUGGGAACAAGUGGGAAAUGUUGGGAGUCGACGUGUGCGAAUUUGGCGGACAGCUAUUGGAACUUAUGUGGUUGACAGUAUGUUAUAGAGACAUAAUGGCCGACAAAGAUGGAAUUAAACCCAUUGAAGAUGAGGCCGAAGACGAGACCGACCUAAACUACAAGGCCCCGGAGAAGAAAUCCCUGCAGGAGAUCCAGGAACUGGACAAAGAUGACGAAAGUCUGUGUAAAUACAAGCAGGCCCUCCUGGGGGCCGUGCCGGACACAGUGGACCCGAACGCCCCCAACGUGCAGGUAAUGAGGAUGGAUCUGAUAUGUGAAGACGCCCCCGGACCCAUCACCAUGGACUUAACAGGCAAUGUAGCAGCACUUAAGGAAAAGACAUUCGUAAUGAAGGAGGGCUUGUGCUACAAGAUAAAAAUUACUUUUAAGGUGAACAAGGAAAUAGUAUCUGGGUUGAGAUAUAUACAGCACACCUUCAGGACAGGUAUUAAAGUUGAUAAGGAAACGCACAUGGUGGGCAGCUACGGACCCCGCAUCGAACCUUACGAAUUCCUCACCCCCCUAGAAGAAGCCCCCAAAGGAAUGUUUGUCCGGGGGACAUACCACAUGAAAUCCUGGUUCACAGAUGAUGACAAAACCAACCACUUGGCCUGGGAGUGGAACCUUAAUAUUAAAAAGGAUUGGAAGGAAUAGAGGAGGAGGACCACCUUCCGCUGCGGCCGCCAUCGUAUAACUAGGGGGGGAUGAAUACCACAUAUUACAAAUUGUACAAGACAUAUCAAGGUUUCUACAUCUGUUUUCUAAUAGUUACGUGUAGUUUCUAAGAAAAAAAAAGGAAUAUACAAACAUGUAAAGACAGUAUUUAAUAAAAAGAUGAAUCUUU